UUUCCUUGCCGGACUGGGGACGGAGCAAACCAUCUAAAGGCCAUGACAUCAGUUGCCAGGGUGGCCCCUUUACCUGGCGAACUAGAAUUAUCUGAUCCUGGGGCGUUCUUCAAAUCUCAACCCGGUGCCCUGAAUGACCCCCACAAUACAAUUCCGGAGGAUGAUGUGUGGCACUCCAAUCCAACGGUAUGCGGGGAACUACCCUGUGGUGGGACAGAUAAAAUGCAAGAUGGCGUAGUCCUGGAGAUCGAUCUUCAGGACUUGCAACCAAUCACCCCUCCUGACGGUGGUUGGGGUUGGUUCGUCGUACUUGGCAGCUUCCUAUGCAUGUUUCUGGUGGAUGGUGUUUGUUUUUCUUAUGGAAUAUUUCUCAGCGAAUUAGAACUCACAUUUGAGGCCAGCAAGACCCAAAUGACUCUGGCCGGGGCACUCUUGACCGGAUGUUACUUCAUGGUUGGGCCUAUUGCCAGUGGUCUCAUGAAUCGCUUCGGUGCAAGAAUUUUGGUUAUGUUUGGCGCCAGUCUGUCGUCAAUAGGUAUUAUUUCCAGUACAUUUGCGACCAAUCUGCCAAUUUUCAUCGGGACUUUUGGAGUAAUUGGAGGGAUCGGUUUUGGACUUAUAUACGUUCCGGCUGCAACCACAGUUACUGCUUGGUUCGUGAAGAAACGGGCCACGGUAACGGGGAUCAUUACGGCCGGCAGUGGGAUUGGUGUGACUUGUUACAGUUUGGUUAUCCCCCAUCUAAUUCAGAUGUUCACGUGGAGGGGAUGCAUUCUACUUUUGGCGGCCGUCAAUCUAAAUGCGGCAGUUGCUGGUGCCUUGUUUCGUCCAUUGCAACAUACAUGUCCGGCUGCCAUGGAUAAGAAAAAAGGCCGUAUGGAUCGAUCAAAGUUGCCGGCAGUAAACGAGAAUAGCGGUGAAGAAACGGAACCCAAUAUUCGAAAGCCUCCCAGUGUCUCACGUUUCCCCAAGCAGACCCAAUUCCUCUCUGCACAAGAAAAGUCAAAUAUCCAAAGCGCGAAUUUACUGACCACAAGGUCCGUGGUUCGAAUCCAACCUCUGCCUCUCGACUUCCCCUGCCUAGGCUUUGGCAACUUGGUAGUAUCCCAGCCCUUGUGCUUCCUCUGGGUGGCGUGGCAGCUAGGAACCGAAAUGCUGUUACAGCUGAACGCUGAAUCUUCCACUGCUGACAAGCAACUGGCCCGGCAGUAUGUGGAAUCCGCGGACACUGUGGCACAGAAUUUGACCCAGGUGGCUGAGGAAAACCUGGUACUGUCGAAUCCCGGUCUAAGCGAUGGGGUUGCGAGGCGAAUCACACGGCGCGAGACCUCACGUAGGUCAAAUACUUCUUGGGAUGACAUAAUUAUCACACACGGGAACCAACUGGUACCUCUGCCCGAGGGCGUGCCUUUGGCAACAUCGAAAGAGAAGCUUCCUAAGCUCAGCAUGGAUGCAGUUAAUCGCAUAGUAGAGGAGGUGCUCGGCCGUCAGGCCUUUGCUUCAACUACUAGUCUUGCCGCCACCGAAAAGCCAGUUAAAAGUAAGGCUCCAACUGCAUACACUGGCAGUCAGCGUUGGUUGUCUUCAACGCACUCUCAACUGGGACAAGUCAGCGUUCAACCGAGCGAUAAUGCCGUGGUCUACCUCAAGCCUGAUAACAUGGGAAGUACAUCCUAUUUCGCCUCAGCAGUCUCAUUAAGAGCCAUUCCCGAUAUCAAUGCUGGUGCCAUUGACGAACAGGCUAUUCACGAUGCUAUCAUGAAGGAACUGCGCAAAGAAGUUGCCCGUCCCGUGCAUAGGAAAGACUUGUUUCUGAGUGGAAGUCUUAUUCACAUUAAUGAGUACUUGGCCACUCCAGAUGUGGAGUCAUUCAUCAGACAGGUCACUGUUCCAGCCGAGGAAAUCCAAGCCAAAAGUCCAAUUAUGGCUAUGCUACGCAGUAUGUUUGGUGUCAGCAUUCUCCGGAGUCCAACGUUCCAGUUACUGAACAUUUCCAGUAUAAUCACUAUGAUCGGCUAUAUUGUUCCCUAUCAAUUUUUAAAGGACAACGCGCAGUUCCAUGGCUACGGAGAGACCGAAUCCGCGUAUCUCCUCGCAUCUCUGGGCAUACUUAACACAAUCGGGAGGCUUAUCUCUGGCUGGCUUUCCGAUCGUCCUUGGGUCAACAUCGUUCUGGUCAACAAUGUCUCGCUGCUCGUUUCUGGAGUCGCUACAGCCAUCCUGCCUUUGUUGCGCACCUACUCAGGAAUGAUGUUCUAUGCCUGUUUCUUUGGAUUCGUCAUAGCUGCGUUUAUCGCUGUACGAACAAUUCUGAUUGUGGAACUGAUCGGCCUGGAUCGUCUCAGCAACGCGUUCGGAUUUCUCCUCCUGUUUCAAGGCAUUGCUGUUGUCGGUGCUCCACCCGCUCUAGGAUUCAUGUAUGACACAUUCGGGAAUUUCAACGUCACAUUUAUUUUUGGCGGUAUCGCGCUCUUCGUUUCCGGUCUACUUUGCAUACCCCUGUCAAGUGUGGCCCGAUGGGAAAGAGGCAAAGAACUCGCCACACCGGAAUGGGAAGACGAAAAUGUGGAAGGGUGUUUCCGAGCGCCAACCAAAUGCAUACGAUUAAUGAGGGAUUGUUGCCUCACACGUUGUUGUCCUAAAAGAUUUGACUACGAGACCAAAAUGGAAGGGGUUUCUGACUUUCAACUGUAUGAUGUAGCUUGAGGUUUCCACUUUCUAUGCAGACGCAUCACAUAUACAUGUCUAUAAUCCAUACUUUCACAUGCCAUUCGAAAUAUUCUUGUACACGAACAGCGCCUGAUAUUUUCAUCUACCACUUCUGCUACCCUUCUCGAAUUUGUACCAAACUAGUCUCUUCUCCAUUCCCCAAAAGCUCAAGUGGAUUGGACGAGUAUCAUCAUAUACGAUGUAUUUCUACACUUUGAGUCGUCUAGUCCUCUUAGUUGGGACAUUCCUCUCCGAUUCCACCAGUUGGAAACAUGAGCACUCAAAAGCCAGAAAUCGGUGAAACUGAUCAGCGCCGUCCUUUGUUUCGUCACUCGAAAGAUGAAAACGGUUUAUUUAUGUAUGCUCGCCCUUUUCCUCCAAGUUUGGUUGUUUCAUGUUGUCCCUCUGUCGCGAAGACAAAUGGACAGUCUUUUGUGUCCCCAUCUGGAUCAGACACCUACACACGGUGGUAUACAUAUAUUUUUCACCUGUUGUGAAGACCAUAUAAUUUUUAAAGAGGGUUACGCU